CCCAUGAAAACAAAAAUGUUCAGUAAAGGCUUGGACUAGCCCCAGAGCCUGCAGUAUCACAGAUGGACACGAGGCGGAGCUCCAGUACCGCAGUUGACUUCGGUUCCCGUGACCCCCCCCCCACCAACAAUAUCGCAGACCUACCACCAGAGGGAGCUCCUGCCUAGAAAAUGGAAAGCUUCGCUUGGGCGUGCACGUCCGCAAGCAAGAGGAUGCAUCCCCAGAAAGGAUUCAGCAGAAUUCUCCAGCCAGGCUGAGCUAGCUGACAGGACAGGAACUGCGGCCGCAGGGCUGCCAGCCCGCGCUCAUCUGGGACGCGGCUUAACCUGCGCCAGCCCAGUUUCUUCAUUCGUUUCCUCCUCUGCCUCAGUCAUUACAAAAGUCGUCUUUAAACCUGCUGAGUCUGUUUUCUGUCUCAUCAAGUCUGCAGCUGGGAGGCUCCCCGGGAAGUUUAGAUCAGUUACAGGAAGUGAAGAUGCCACACACACGGAUUUUUGCACAAUCUGACUCUGCUACAUUUGAGCCCCAGAAAACAGAGGUUCGGAGAGUUGCCCCUCAUUGCACAUCCAGGAAUGGGGCUGAGCCCUCCCUGCCCUGCAGAAAGAGGCCUCCGUGGGGCUUGCUUUGUAACAAAUCCCUUCUACACGAGUGUCUCCUCCCCAGGUUCCUGCAGAUAGGAACAGUGAUGGCUGGUGCGCAAACAUCAUCUCCGGUAAUCCUCCCGAUGUCUUUCUGAGGAGGGGAUCGCUACUGUUUCCAUUUCACAGAUGAGAAAGCAAAGGCUCAGAGGCGAUUAGCAACUUGGAAAUCUCACACCGCCGGAGAGAGGCCCAGCCCAGCAUCUGAUCCCGAGUCCGACUCCAGCGUGCACCUGUGCUCGGCUCCUUCUCAGGCACCCAGGAUGGAGCUUUGGCAAGGGCUCUAGGUUUGGACACAGCAAUUACGGGAACCCUGGCCUGGACGAGGAAGCCAAAAACCCGUGGACCAGCUCCUUCCUCUUUGCACCAUCAGCCUCGCCUUGCCACAGUCAAAACACUUCCCCAAGUAGCCGUGGCCAAGCCAGCAGGAACAGCCUGGAACACCAGCCCCACCUCGCACUCCAGCGCCACCCAGGGAGAGGAUCGCCUGCGAGUCCUGGGCUGCAGCAGGUGCUUCGUGCCCCUGGCAAUGCCCAGAGCCACGCACCUGACCUGCUCACCCCCUUGCUCCCUGCUGCUGCUGCAGCUCCUCGUCCUCUCAGGCGCCUGUGCACAGAGCAAGGGGAGUGAGUGGCAGGUGCUGCAGCCCGAGGGCCCCAUGCUGGUGGCAGAAGGUGGGCGCCUGCUGCUGAGGUGCGUGGUGCUGGGCUCCUGCGUUGGCAAUAUGAUCAAAUGGGUCAAGGUGAGCUCUCAUGACCAACAAGACGUUUAUAACUUCAAACAUGGCUCCUUCCCUGGGGUGACGCCCUUGACCCAGCAGACACCAGGGCCACUCGAUUGCGAUUAUUCCAUCUACAUCCACAACGUCACCAGGGAGCACACCGGGACCUACCACUGCGUCGGGGUGGACAGCUUGGGUGAGCGCUCAGAAAAGCAGCUGGAGGAGGGCACGUCCGUGCGUGUGAGGGGCACCAGGGACCCUAAGCCAGAUCUCUGGCUCAUCCAGCCCCAGGAGCUGGUGUUGGUGGCCCCGGGAGACAACGCCUUCCUGAACUGCACGGCACUUGGAGAUGGCCCCCCUGGCCCCAUGAGGUGGUUCCGGGGGGCUGGUCUGAGCCGGGAGGCCAUCUACAACUUCCAGGGCAUCUCCCACCCCAACAUCACCGCCGUGCGGGCCUCCAAUAAUGACUUCAGCAUCCUGCUGCAAGGUGUCUCCACUGAGCAGGCGGGCACCUACUACUGUGUCAAGUUUCAGAGGAAACCCAACCGCCAGUACCUGUCGGGGCCGGGCACCAGGCUGAGAGUGAAAGCAGAACCCACCGCUCCUGAAGACGCAGAAUUGAACAGAGGACGUGCAGUGCGGGAAGCUCCGAUGGGCUUCCUACCUGUGCUCACGCUCGCUCUGGGGCUGAAGGCCGUGACCUUGGCCGUGCUGCUGCUGGCCCUGGCUGCCUGCUGGAAGACGAGACGGCGUCAGGACCCCAGGCCCAGCAGAACUGUGGACAUCUCGGCAUGGGACAAGGGACGAGAGUGAGAGUUCUGUGGUGAACAUCAUUGAUAUUUUGAUGGAAAUGGCAUUGAACCUGUAAGUUGCCUGGGUGGUGUGAACACUUUAAUACCAUUUCUUUCAUCCAGGAACAGGGGACGUCUUUCCAAUUUUGUGUCUUCUUUUUUCUAACUUCCAUUGUGGAGGUCUUUCAUAUCUAAAUUUGUUCCAAAGGUUUCAUUUUUUUAUUGUGAAUAGUUUCUUUUUUUAUUGUGAACACAUUUUUUAUUGUGAUAUUGCAGGCAUCAGGGGAUGAACCGCGGGCUCUGUUCCGGGGGCAAAGGCACCCUCCUACUUGCUUUGUGAAACAGCUAAGCCGACUCCCAGCUGAGCAAGUGCUGAUUUCCACCUUCGUCUCCACUGGGGCAGCGUGACACGAGGGAGGGCUGGAGUUCUCUAGCGACUUUACCCUGGAGGACUUGUUGUCACAUCUUGGCGGCUGCCACUGCCAUCUAGUGGUAUGAGGCCAGGCUGCAGCCAAACCUCCUGGAACACAGGACAGCCCCAACACUGCGAAGAUUUUCUCUGACCCAAGGGUCAGUGAGGCUGAGGCUGAGAUUCCCUGACCCCGGGGCCAGAGCAGAGGCCGUGAAGUCAGACCCACAUCUGACUUCUUGCCCUGAAGCCUGCACUCCCUCCCUGUGCGCCCUCGAUGACAACCAGAGCCGCUUCAUUCUUUGGAAGCUUGAGGUCAGAAACAUGGGUUUCUCUGCACGGUGCAAGAAUCAAUUCAAGGGCCGGCGCUGUGGUGUAGUGGGCUAAGCCUCCGCCCGCAGUGCCAGCAUCCCAUAUGGGUGCUGGUUGGAGUCCCAGCUGCUCCUCUUCCAAUCCAGCUUUGGCCUGGGAAAGCAGUGGAAGAUGGCCCAAGUCCUUGGGCCCCUGCACCUUCGUGGAAGCUCCUAGCUUUGGAUCGGCCCAGCUGCAGCUGUUAUGGCCAUUUGGGGAGUAAACCAGUGGAUGGAAGACCUCUCUCUCUCUCUCUCUCAGCCUCAGCCUCGGCCUCUCUCUGUCUGUAACUCUGCUUCUCAGAUAAAUAAAUC